AUGACUUGUUGUCAAGAUGAGCUUUAUUUUCUUAGUGCUUCAGUACCGACCAAAGUAGAACGCGAAGACACUGGAGAGUAUCUCAAAAGUUGGUGGAAAUGUCAACAACCAUCAUUGUACGACUCGAGUAAGCUUCAUGGUUUAGGGAUCAAAAAUAACAUCCUUUUCCGUAUUUCAUUUUUCACCGUACUUCGACUACAUACUUCAUGGCUCACUGAGGAAGCCACCUCGAAUAGGAUCAGAAAAAAGCAAUUAAAAAUGAAUAAACUUAAGAGCAGCCCUGUCAACGUUUCUCCUUCUCUCAAGAGCCCUUUGACAAUUAAGAUCUACAGAAUUUAA